ACCUUCAGAGAAACCUGGAACCCUCCGACACCUCAGAUUACAUUUGUAAAUCUUGGCUCUUGCCUGUUCAAAUAGGUUCUCUCUGUGACACAGGCUCGUGAGGCACAUCUGGGGUUUUUGGUUCACAUGGCAGCAGCAAACUCGACUCCACCUGGUUCUUUGGAUUUAAACCAGCCGGGAUUUUCAAAGGAGAUACUGGGGACUAAAUUGGAGGGCAAAUACCUCUGCUCUGAGUGCAAGAAUAUUCUGAGAAGGCCAUUUCAAGCUCAGUGUGGACACCGCUAUUGUUCUUACUGCCUGAAGAAACUUAUAAGCUCUGGGCCUCAGAAGUGUGCAGCCUGUAUUCAAGAAGGAAUAUAUGAAGAAGGAGUUUCUGUUUUAGAAACAAAUACGGCUUUCCCAGAUAACGCAGCGCGUCGGGAGGUGGAAAGUCUGCCGGCUGUCUGUAUCAAUGAUGGUUGCCCAUGGAAAGGGACUAUUAAAGAAUAUGAGAGCUGCCAUGAAGGGGACUGCCCAUUCAUGCUGAUUGAGUGCCUGGCAUGUAAGGGAAUGAUCAAACUGAAUGAAAAGGAGCGCCAUUCGGAGCGGGAAUGCCCCGAGAGAAGCCUCAACUGCAAAUACUGCAAAUCGCUUUUCUACUUUCCUGACAUUAAGGCUCACGAUGAGAUCUGCCCUAAAUUUCCACUGAGUUGUGAGGGCUGUGGGAAGAAGAAGAUUCCAAGAGAGAAGUUUCAGGACCAUGUGAAGACUUGUGGCAAAUGUAAAGUGCCUUGCAGAUUUCAGGUUGUUGGCUGCACUGAGAUGGUGGAAAAUGAAAAGCUGCUGGAGCACGAAAGCAGAUGUGUGGGGGAGCAUCUGUAUAUGUUGCUGGGCUUUGUGCUCAGCCUCAAGGCUGAGUCUGGAGACUUAAAGCACCACCCAACCCUUACGUCAGCGCAGGACAACUCCAUGCUCUUAACCACCAAUUCGCUGUGCUCUGAAUCAGAGCUCUCUGAGUCCUUAGAGCUGCGGGGAAGGUGCGAGGCCCUGGAGAGGAAGACGAUCACAUUUGAGAAUAUUGUGUGCGUGCUGAAUCGGGAAGUGGAAAGGGUGUCUCUGACAGCAGAGGCGUAUAGCCGGCAGCAUCGGCUGGAUCAGGAGAAAAUUGAAAUGCUCGGUAACAAGGUCCGGCAGCUGGAAAGGAGCAUUGGACUGAAAGAUCUGGCCAUGGCUGACAUGGAGCAAAAGAUCCGUGACAUGGAAGCUUCGACAUACGAUGGCGUUUUCAUCUGGAAGAUUACAGACUUUGCCAGAAAACGUCAGGAGGCGAUAGCUGGCCGCUGUCCUGCAAUCUUCUCUCCAGCCUUCUACACAAGCAAAUAUGGCUAUAGGAUGUGCCUGCGUGUGUACCUAAACGGGGACGGCACUGGACGGGGGACCCACUUGUCUCUGUUCUUUGUGGUGAUGAAAGGACCCAACGAUGCACUUCUGCGAUGGCCCUUCAACCAGAAGGUGACCCUGAUGCUGCUGGAUCAGAAUAAUCGGGAGCACAUUAUCGACGCUUUCCGACCCGAUGUGACGUCUUCGUCCUUCCAGCGACCCGUCACCGAGAUGAACAUUGCCAGUGGCUGCCCACUCUUCUGCCCAGUCUCCAAGAUGGAGGCCAAGAACUCUUACGUGCGUGACGACGCCAUCUUUAUUAAAGCCAUCGUAGAUCUCACGGGCCUCUAAAGCCUCCUCCCCCACCAGGAGCAUUGAGCACAGUGCCAGCUGACCAGGGCUCACCCUCCCGGAGCUGCACCCUCAGCAUGCCCCGGAGCAGGGGCAAAGUCCAGACCUGGCAGCAUCCCUGAAGGACCUGUUCCGCUCUGAGUGGAAAUGCAGUGUCUGAUGGGAACCCUCCCUUGGUGUCAAAACACCAGCUUCUCUAGUGCAGAUCUUCCUUGAGAAGAGGCUUGUGUUGAGGUUAGUUUGAGUUUGAUCCAUGAUCAAUGGGGACUGGAUGAUCCCGUGCAGGAAUCAGCUACCAGGGCUCCCUGCACCUGGGUUUCAAGCUAAAACGAAGGCAGUUCUUUUGUACUUGUUUAAUGUACAGCUCCUACAACGGAACAGGCAUUCAGCCUGCCCAGAGCACCACUGCACAUAGCUCUUUGGCCAGGCUCUUUCAUGCUCUUAGGAGAUCUCAGUGUCAGAGGGAGCUGGUUUCUCUCUGGUGUUAUUGCUUAAAGGUUCUGUAAUUCUGUGUUGCUGGUUGGUUUGAUCUUUGACAUGAGGGUGUGAGGGAAGACGUGGACUAGGAGCAGGCAGAGGAAGUAUGUGGGCUUCGCACAGCAGAGAUCGUUGUUAGCUCUCAGUGAGAGGGAAGCAGUUUAGCAGUCUCACUGACCUCUCCUGGCAGCCAUAGCUGCAGAGGCACUUUGAGUGGGGCCAUAUCUCAGUAGGGCAAGAGAGAGCUGUUCCCAGUGUGCAUGUCAAUCCCUGCCUGCGUUUUAUCUGAAAGAGAUCUGAUGGGAGGGGAAGUGUAGAGUAAGGGAGGACAGCACCUGAGGAAUAGUCUCCUCCUCUGUUUCCGUGUUGGUCUCCUAUAGAACCCAGUGCUCCCAGUGCCUUGGGCAUAAGCUUGUGUUUUAAUGAUCAAACGGAUGAGUCUUGUAACUCUGGAGCGGGUCCUGACCUAGUCAGAGAGUUGCCUUGGAAUCUGAUUUGUUGCCUGUGAAUGGUUAACCCUGGAGCUGGGCUUAGGGCAGAACAGCCUUGCUCCCCUGCCCCCAUGUGUGAGUUGCUUAGCCCCCAGGAAUGAGGUUUUAGCUCAUUAGCUCCUUUCCCCACCACUCUCAUCCUGGCUUUUAGCGUCUCUCUUCAUUUACCUUUGCGGGCAGGCCCCUUCUGGUGUGUCCUCCCUGGAGUUGUUGGUCCCCCACCGAGUGUCCUCCUGCAGGCAGCAGGCGGCAGCUAAUCUUGAAUGUGAAAUCUUGGGCUCUUCGCUCUGUCAAGGGGGUGAGUUGUUUAUAGUCUCACCAGCACUGCAGCCCCGACUGCUGUGUGGCCAGCUUAGUGUGCUCUCUGCAGUCAGCCAGUCUGCAGCUGCUAAGUUAGAAACUCUCUGAGGGCUUUCCCUCCCCGGGCUCCUUGCUCUCGGGACCCCGUUUGCUGCCCACUGGUCUUUCUGUUUCGUGGAGAAUGGGUCCCUCUCAGCGUGCUGCCAUUGUGGCUAACUGGCCCCUCAGAGUUACUCUGUGGUGGUCACCUGUAACUCUGGAGUGGCCAUUAGCUCUUUGGAGCCUUAUUCUUUGUGGUUUUCUGUCUCUCUCCCAUCAGUACAAACCCGCAGGUUCUCUUUGGCCAAAGCACCCAGCUAGCUGCUUUUUGAACUAUCCUUCAGGGGUUGUCCCAGCCCUGUCCAUCUCUUCCCCUGCUCUUCUGGCCUGGAGGACAGGCAAAGAGGGUGGCCCUGCUGCCUAUGCCAGAGGUGCUUCAGGUGGUUGGCUGGAGCCCCCCAGAGAGCAGCAGCCCCACUUCAAGUUAGCAUCAGUGAUCGGCUGCCUGUGUGCAGGGGAAGGAAUUCUCUGUGGAACGAUCACCAGUUAGCAAAUGCAAGGGAAUCCAAGAUUGUGAAAUUGUGGCCCUCUCCGUGGAGGAAGGCCAUAGCCCCUCUGUUGUGUCCUCUAAAGAGAGAAAUUGUAUGUUCCCCACCUGGGCUCAGGCCCAGGGGCAUCUGCAGAGCUGAGGCACUUCUGCCUUCACACUGUCCUAGCUAGGACCAGUGACAGGUUGUCUCAUCAUAGGCCACCAGUCGAGCCUCGGCAGUGGGCUGCUUCAGUCCCCUUGGCCCCCUUCCGCACACCUCAGCUGGGGUCAGAAAUCUGUCAGUGGAGAUGAGUUUUGAUUCCAGGCUAGGGUGGCAGGAAGCUUCUGCAGGACUAAAGGGGUGCGAGUUGGCGCGUGCCCACAGCGCAGUAAGCCGGUGGGGGUCUCCAGUACGGCACUACUCUCCCACUGAGAGGCCACUGUUAUUGAGCCGCUAUUUACAUGUAUCUCGUUUCUGGGCCAGGAGCGGUGGCUGGUUCUCUAGGGACGGUGGCGGGGAAAGGAUUAUCCGUGUGCAGAACUCCCCAGCCAAAGAGGGGCCAAUUCCAUGAUCUCCAGCUGCCAAUAAACAGAUGUAAAACAGCCGCCCCAUGGGAGCCAAAGGGAAUUAAAUCAGCUCAGUUUAAAAACUGACAUCAAGAUACUGGAGGGUCACUGGAGCAGACGGGGGUCUGAGUCCCUAGUCUGUCUAGGACACUGCACUUCCCCAGGCCCCCAGGCUGGACAGUACUCCACAGCAAGGUGUCUGAAUCUCUCUCAGCCCUGCAUAGAUUCCACCCACCGUUCCUGCCCUGAGGCAGCGCUGCUACGUGCCCAGUGGCAACGGGCCUGGGGGCUGCUCAGUUUCAGACACUGUGUCCAGAUGGAACCCAGCCCCUCAGGAACUAGCUGUUUUUCUAGCCUGUUCCCCUUGGCGCCAGGAGCCUGUCUUCUGUUCUGUGCACUCCCCAGAUCCCCCUUGCAGUGCCUCUCCUGAGCCUUUGGGUGCUUGCUAAGAGAGGUUUCCCUACAUUGUCUGAGAAACGAGGUGUCUAGUGAGGAGGCUGGAGACUACACGUUCCUGUAGACUGAGCCGCUGAUUGGCUGUGCGCAGGGGCCAGCCUGACUCUUGGUACUACCGUGCUCGAGCCAUGGGAGGGUCCACCGACAAGGCCAUGGCAGAGUUAAACUGCUGCAGCAGGAGGAGGUGAGCUCUCCCCUGGUUUGGGAAGUACUAGCUUUGUCUUCAGUGGCCGGGGCUGGCUCUUUGAGAAACCUCAGUGUCACUGCUAGGCUUGUCCCUCCACGGUGAGCUCCAGGGAUUUAGAGCGCAGCUGCCUUUGGGCGGGUGAGCGGUCAGGCAGUAAGGGGACCUGGGCCCCAGAGGCUAUCAAAGGCCUAAAGCUCUAGCAGGGACCCCCAGAAGUUUGAAAGGCAUCUCUGGCAUAUACUGUACAUUGGCAUCUGCUGUGGGUUCUGUCCAAGAUCCAGUCUGGUGGCUGCGGUGGAAGCAAAGCCAGCUCCAUACAGUUCUUGUGGCAGGAGAGACCAAGGCGCUGUGCUAGAGCUGACUGGCUGGCUCUCCCGCCCUGUGGAGAGGUGUUGGGAUGAGAUUUUAGCCAAGGUUCAAAGCCAAAAGUGUGGUGGCUCCAGCAGGCAAUUCCGCCGUGCUGCACUGGUGUGGAGGCGCUGCUGAUCCCUGUGUGACACGCAAGGUGUUGGGGGAUGCUUGCGUUACCACUGCUGCACCUUCUCUCGUAUACAUUCACCCAACAUCCAAAAAGCCUGCACUGGCUUCCUGCCGGAGCCAGUGUUCCCAUGCUGCAGAUGGGCCCCCCAGUUCCCUCCAGGCUGUAAUAUUGACCAGAGGAGCCCAGCUCUGGCACAGAAGGAACCACCUGUUAUAGCCAUCUCAUGGAAGAGGGUCCUGGCUGCAUGAGAGCCUGUUCCAGCUGAGGGCACAGCAGUGUGGAUGGGGAGAAGAAGGGGCCUUAAGUUCUGAGGGAGUCACUUGAAAAGACUUGCUGCUUUUCAUGUUGCUGUCCAUCCCCCCUCCUCCUUUACCAGCUGUGCUAGGGCUGACAGCUCUUCCAUGCAGGACCUGCCCCCCCCCCCCCCCCCGCACAAUUACUUCCCUGCAGCUUACUCCCGCCUUUCAAUUACCUUCAGUGAAAUUGAUUGGCUGCCCCCUGCUGCUGGCUACGAUGCAUUCAGCUGCAGCAGGGUCUGUGUCCACAAACUCCCAGAGGGUGAGAGGCUAAAUGGCACCUGUGCCAUGCAGCACCCACUUUGUGAAAAGGUGGGGGCUGGAAAGCCAGUGGAGGCGUGGCUGGGCCUUCCCCUGUGCUGCUGUUCAGUGGAUGUAAAGCAUGCAUGGACGAGGCUUGUGCUGCAGCUGCUGCCAUGGUGCUGUUUUGUGCAUGGAGGCACUGAACUGUCAGCUUAAAAUGUGCUGUAGGUGUAUGUCCCUGAGCCAGCUGUGGAUACCUGCUUCGUAGCUGGGAGACACAACAGUGGUGGCCCAUGACCCUUGUCACCCCCUCCCCCCCAAGUCCAGUCAGUAACGGGAUAGUUGUAUUACAGCUCCACCUGUCCUGCCUUGAAAGACACUAGCAAAUCUGCCUGGCCAGCACCAUAUCGGUAUUUACAGGAAUCUUUUGCUAAGCCUUGCAGGGGAGGAUUCUUGUAAAAUUCAAGCCUCUUUACCCACAAGCCUGCGAGGGAAAGAAAGCUUAGGCCAGUACACCUGUCAUGGGAGAGGAAUUGGUGCUGAGGGUUUGUUGUAGGGUUGCUCAGGAGCAAAGUUCAAAAGCAAACAAAUCACAUCUAUGGCUCAUCCAACAGAAGUGCAGCAGGUCAGGCUCCUGCGUGAGAGGCUCAGGUGCUGAGCUCCAUGCACUGCAGGCAGCCAGUGUGUGGCUGAGGGUAAGAAGAGGAGGUCGUAUGAUAAAGGAACAAGUUUGGUGAGAGGGGCUGUGUAAGUUUUGCCUCCCCUUUAAUGCACUAGCCCAGUGGAGCCAGAGCAGGUGCUCUCUGGCUGGAGAUGCUAACACAGCUCCCCCCAGGGAUUGGCACACUACUUUCCAGUGGGCAGCAGCCGGGUGAACGGCAAGCAGGAAUGAGGCCCGGCAGUAAGGUUGCCCAACACUUCCAUUUUUUUAUACAGCCAUUUCCAGAAGAGGCUCCAGGUUCAUUAUCAUACGUUUCGUUGUCCCCACUAGGUAGCUAAACCAGAGAUGGGGUUUUACUUCUGCGGCGUCUCCUCUGAGGCAUGGCCAUGUUUGUGUAGAACGCAGGGUGCGGGUCGUUUGGCACUUGUGGAAAUGCCUUCAGUUUGAUCUAGCUGAUGAGUCUUCCAGGGGCCUGACCUGGUUGGGGAUUGCUGUGUGCUAGCAUAGCCAUAACAAUAUUGCCUUCAUUAGCAGCUUUGCAACACCUUCCCUAGACUAAGCACUAGGCUCUCACCUUUCAUGGAUGUGUCCAAACACAGUGGCCUAGGUGCUAACUGUGAAAUGAAGUGUCCUCGGGGCUGUUGUAUGAAAAGACCAUUAAUAAAGUAUUGUAUCCCAAGG